UGCCAAUAGAAUUGGUGCGAUCACGGCAAUGAAAUAACGAGAACAAAGCUUAGCAGUAUAGCAUCAAGUUCGUUUACGGAGCAAUCAAUUUUGUGUCGUUGACUGCUGGAUCCAGUAUCAAAACUUAAAUCCCUCUCGAAGAGAUAAAUAUAGUAGUUAAUUAAUGACUUUUGAAAAAUUAUAACGCUUGCAUCGUAUCGCGAAUAUCGCGACGUUGCAGCUCAUACACAAUAUAAACCACUAAAAUAUUUUUUUCAACGCGUUAUAUAUCGAAGAAAAAUCUUGUGGUUGUUGACAGAACGCAGAGUUGCUCGCUCACGAUGAUACUACUUGGGAAACUCAUUCUCUUCCUCACGGCAUUCUGCUCAGUUCUUGGUGCAGAAAAGCCCCUCAUCGCAAAAAGUCCAGUAUUCAGCGAUGGAUAUAUCGCUAGGGGAACACUUUACAUUCCAUAUGCAGAAAUUCGGGAACCUUUUUUUGCCUGGUACGAUAAGAAUGAAGGUCGCAGCCGAAUCGACUAUUAUGGAGGGAUGGUUAAAACUUAUCAACUAGCCCAUGACGGCCCACACGGAUCCAGCAUUAAAAUAGUGCCAAUGACAAAUGAAAAGGUAUUGAACAAACCUACCUGUUUGAAAGUCGAAGGAAACGAAGAUAUGCAAUUCAAACCACAAACAAUUGUUCCGGACACAACUGGAAUGAAGUUCGUAGAAAACGAAAUGAUCAAUGGAUUGACUUGCGAGAAGUGGCAAAUGCACGAAACGAUUGGAGAAAAAUCGAACAAAUAUACCCUAUGGAUUCGUUACAAGAAAUCUACGACAGUUCGUGGAGUGAUGGAACCCAUUCCCGUCAGAUACGAGAUGCGUGGUUUCAAUAGUCUUCUCGGUUCUCACUACGAUCAUUAUUACCUCGAGUACGAUUGGUAUUCAUUCGAAACCCCGGACGGCGACGUUUUCCAAAUCGCCGAAAAUAUGACGUGCGAAGGUUUUCCUGGACCGGGUGACAAACACGUUUACACUUUCAAUCCGAUGCGAGAAUACAUUCACAACCACGAUGCCCACGUCAAUGAGGAAUUUGACGAUUUCAUUGAGACGCACAAUAAGACCUACAAGAAUCACGUACAUCAUGCGAAACGCAAGGAAAUUUUCAGACAAAAUUUGAGGUUCAUUCAUUCGACAAAUCGAGCGAAUUUGGGUUACGAACUCGAGAUUAAUCAUUUGGCUGAUCGAAGUGAAUUGGAGCUCAAAGCGCUGAGAGGCAAACUGCGUUCGAAAGUCGGGCAGAACAACGGAGGACAGCCGUUUCCGUAUUCCGCUGAGAAUCUCCUUAAAGCAAAUCUACCCGAGAGCUGGGACUGGCGACUUCGCGGAGCUGUUACUCCGGUAAAAGAUCAAUCGGUGUGCGGUUCGUGCUGGAGUUUCGGAACGACGGGUGCCGUCGAAGGCGCAUAUUUCGUUGCACACGGUCAACUUGUCAGGCUGUCGCAACAGGCACUGAUCGACUGCUCUUGGGGCUAUGGUAACAACGGUUGUGACGGAGGUGAGGAUUUCCGCGCGUAUCAGUGGAUCAUGAAACACGGUUUGCCGACCGAAGAGGCCUAUGGCGAUUAUCUUGGUCAGGAUAGCGAGUGCCACGUCGACAACGUGACAAAGACCGCUAAACUGUCAGGAUUCGUAAACGUUACACCGGGCAGCGCGGACGCAAUGAAACUUGCGAUGGUGCAGCACGGUCCGAUUUCUGUUGCAAUUGACGCCUCUCACAAAACAUUUUCGUUCUACUCCAAGGGCAUUUACUACGAUGAAGCUUGCGGAAACCGUGAGGAGAAUCUGGACCAUGCGGUGCUGGCAGUCGGUUAUGGAACGUUGGACGGCCAAGAUUACUGGCUUGUAAAGAACUCGUGGUCCAAUUACUGGGGCAAUGAUGGUUACAUUCUGAUGGCCCAGAAGAACAACAAUUGCGGUGUCAUGACCGCACCUACGUACGCCGUUGUGGUUUAGAAUAUUUUUUCCCUUCCCAUUACGUAAAAGAUAACUUUAUUUUUUUUUUUUACCGAACAAUGGCGUAUUAAUUAAGACUUUAUUGAAGAGGAUGAAAUUUGGUGCUACUCCCGUUGCCUAUUGAAGCUGUAAUUUAAUCAUCGGCGAUGAUAAAUAUAUCAAUGAAUAUAAACGAAUAACAAA